UACUACUGCAGAGCAGCCUCGGUCACUGUCACUCACUGCAUCCCGGGCAUCCAGUGUGGCAGGCAAUUUGGCCAGCAGGGAAUCCGAGGGGCCAGCCUUCCUGUGACUGUGAAAGAAGAGCCCGGCAAUCCUCAGUGAGAAGAUGAUGGCAUGUACAGAGAUGCUGACAAUGUGCUUGCUCUCUGGCAAGCAUGCUUACAAAUCCACCGAGAGCCCGCAGCACUAUGGCAAGGGACUGGCCAUCUUCCAUGAUAUUUUUCGACGUGCCGACAAGAACGAUGACGGAAAGCUGUCAUUUGAAGAGUUUAAGAACUGUUGUGCGGAUGGCAUCCUCAGCUCUGAAGAACUGUGGGAGUUGUUUACUGCCAUUGACAGGCGUCAUUCAGGCAAUUUAGAGACCGAGAAGUUGAGCGAUUAUUUCUCAGAACAUCUUGGAGAAUACAGGCAUGUGCUGUCUGCUUUGGAGCAACUCAACACGGCUGUCCUGUCAGCCAUGGAUAAAACCAAACUGGUAUAUGAGAACUCCACCAAGAUGGAACAGUUUGUGACCCGCUUCAUACUGCGGGAGACAAUGAACCAGCUACAGUCCUUGCAGAUCUCACUGGAGUGUGCUGCAGACACCAUCGAAGAACAGGCUGGUCGAGAAAGGAACAAUGUGAACAAGCCAGAAGCUCUUGUUGGGCCACGCACGAUAAAAAGAUGUGGUCGUAGAGUUCAGAAGAACAUCUGCUUGUCUCCUACAGAUCCUUAUUCAGGGAUGUUGACCACAGGUAUUUGUGUGGAAGCGGACAGCCAGUGGGCAUCUGAGAUCAACCAGUUACAGCAUCUCAUUGACAAACUGGAAUGUAAGAGUCCAAGACUUGAGCCUCUGAAAGAUGACGUGGUCUGCAAAGGAAGAGAUUCUCACAUCCUUGUGGCACAGAGACAGAUCUCAGUGGCAGAAAGUGGACUGGAGGCCUUCCGCCAAACUCUGCAAUCCUACACAGAAACCACAGCUGGACAGAGCAGCUGCCUACAUGUCUCUGCCCACAAACUGACAAGUGAUGCCUGCUUCAUCCUCUAUGAGUUCUGGCAAGACGUGGCUUCAUGGAGAAGCCACCUGCAAUCAGACUACAGCAAGAAGUUCCAACGUUCCAUCAUUGACUUAUUGGACUCUCCAGAACUCUUGACCACCAUGCUGUUUCCAGCUUCCUGGUGGAUCAUGAACAAUAACUGAUAUCCUCAUGAUGUUCCCUCAAGGCAACCAGCAUGUGGAUGGAUCAACCACUAAUUUUCAAAGACAACCUUUUCCUCCCAGGGUUGUCCUCCCUCAUCCCAGUCCCUUCAAUGUAGCUUUCUUCCUAUGUAUUCAUGUGAAAUGCAUCCUUUCUUCUGCAAUCAUGGGGAUGGGGCAGCACUUUUGAAUGCAUCGCUGCCAUCCUCUCCUGAAGAGCACUGACACCCUCCCAUUAUUUUGAUAUAGGACUUUCACCCAGAACAGUGUCAUGGCUUUGCUAGCAUUUUUUGGCUAUAAGAACAAACUGAAGCAUUAGAGAUGGCAAUACAGCCAUUGAUUGGCCAUCCAGCAUAAUGUGACAGUGCACAAGGGAAGAU